UACACGGCCAAGUACAAUUUUUUAUUUGCUUAUAUUCCCGCCACUUUCGGAGUUGAUAAGCGCAAGACACUUUAUCGUUACUCCCUGAUAAAAUGGUUUAUUGCACGAUAUGGGUCAGACUGUAGGCAGAAAGCUUGUGUUCAACGAAAUCAAUUUUAGCAUUAGAUAAGAUUAUCAGUCAAUAUGACAAUAUAAUUUGGGUAUGAACCCUAUUAACUUCGCCACUCGCCUGCCUGCCUGUGAGUGAGUAUUUAUUAUUUAUAAAUUCAGUCUUGUCCGAAACACAUUGGAAACAAUUACUCUAAUAUUUACACAUUUCGUAUUUCGUAUUUUGUAUUUUGUAUUUCGUAAAAUGAGCCACUCAGAGAAUAUAUUAGAUCAGCUGAAGAGUUCAGUGCAGGCAAUAAUAGACAAAACCGGUGCUGGAAGUAAAUACACACAAAGCUUAGUAAGCCGCAUACAGGCGUUACAACAGAAACUGGAAUCUCUUUCCAAUAUUGAAAGAAGUCAGUUCUUGACAGAAAUGCAGGGUUCCUUCCAAAAUACAAUCAAUAAAAUCGAACAGAAGCUAACACAACAUGCAAAUUUUGAAAAAGUCUAUAAUUAUUCCAUAAUCUCAGCUGUGGUUCUCACACUUGUGGUUACUGUUGCACUUUUCGGCUAUAAACUUUACAAAUCUCUGAUGGAAAAAGAACUGAAGAAGCAGGAAAAAGUUAAAAAUAAGCACACCAAAAAAUCGAAAAAGAAUAACUAAAGACACAAACUUAUAAAGCCGAAAUGAUGCACACAUCUACUUAAAAAUCCGUUUUUAAUACUAUAUAUGUUUAAAUAUACAGUUUUAUAUUACUAUACCAAAUAUGAUGAAUUAUCAGUAAAUUACUUACAACCUAACUUAUAACUUAAUAGUAGUACAGAUAAAUGUUCUCGUGAAUCUUGUGUAUGUGUAUAUGUUAAAUGUUCAGUAAUUAAAUUAACUUUAUGAUC